AGAGUGGAAAUCGUCGAUUCAUCAGACUAAAAGUGUUUAAGCCUGAAAACCACAAACGCAGUCUUGGCAGGUCACAUCCCAUUCCAUCCCAUGCGCCCAACAAAUCUCACGAUGGUUCCACCACGCCUCCAACAUAUAUAACCUCAUCUUUCCACACCACAUCCCCAUCUACCACCCCCUAAUUCGAAAAUCGAAAUCAUGCCCCGCACCCCAGGCGUCGGAGUCGGCGUGCUAAUCACACGUCCGCACUCCACGCACCCCGCGCGCAUCCUCCUCGGCCUGCGCACCGGGUCCAUUGGGGAGAACACAUGGGCCCUACCCGGCGGACACCUCGAGUUCGGGGAGUCAUUCACGGAAUGUGCGGUGCGAGAAGUGCUCGAGGAGACGGGCCUGCGGCUCGAGGUUGGGAGUUGUCGAGUAUGUGCGACGGUGAGCACGGUGUGGGAUGAUGUGCGGGCUGAGGAUGGGAGGGCGCAUUAUGUGACGGUGUUUGUUACGGGUCGGGUUAGUGGGGAGGACGAGGAGCAGGAGGCCAGGAUUAUGGAGCCGGAGAGGUGCAAGGAGUGGCGGUGGAUGGAGGUGGCGGAUGUGAGGGGGUGGGCGCUCGAGCAGAGUAGAGGGGAGUCUGAAAGGGGGGAGAAAUUGUUUCCUCCGAUUGUGAGUUUGUUUACUCAGACUACGUAUGGGAGUUGA